UUUUUUCUUCUGGAAGUAAUCAUGUGUAGCGGGAUUAGAAAGAUCGGUUGUAUCGGUUUUCCUUGUUUCAUAUAUUUCUUCCGAAGAAUCGUUGUCUAUCGUAACUUUUAUUAUUUCAAUACGACAAAUAGUUGAGUUGCAUGUGUGUAUACAAUUUAAACAAAUCGCAAAAUAUUACAUUUUUUAGAGUGUACUGUAAGAUUGUUCUAAGAAACGUUAUUUUGUGUGUGUGUAAAUUUCGCGGCACUACAUGACCGAAUAGAGAGACGUUUAACUGUGAUAAGAAUUAACUCGGGCAUAUAUAAGUCCGGCAACGAAUGUUUAGAUUAUUAUCGAGUUAUUAUGCGUAUUAUCUUUUCAUAUUAAUUACGAACAGGGGAAAACGUUCAGUUCAAUAGCUCUCGUUACAAUACUCAUCAAUUCUUGGCGCUUAUGUUCGCAUUUUAUCAAAUAUUAAGGUAUGGGGGAUUUAUUAAUUGUUUAUUAAUCUAUUAAUUAUUACUUAUUUAUAAAUGUCCACGUAAGAGAGCCAAAAAUAGGCAAAGUGUUGACAACUGGACAUUCCUCCCACAGCAAAACUAGUCAUCACAGUGAAUUCUUUAUUUCUAUUAAAAUUAGAUUAGAUAACAGUAUGUAUAUAUAUAGCAUAUCAAAUAUACAAGAUCCCAAAUAACAUCAUUUUGAAGGUGUUUAAAACGCGGGGAAAGUGUUCCAGGACGUCCUGAGUAUUUUCAGGAUGAUCUCAAGGCAUUCUGUGUUAUCUGAGAUCUCACUCAAGUAUAAACUAUUUUAUAAUUCCUGAACUUUCAAAGAGAAAGUGUAUAAGUGUAUAAGUGUAAAAUAACUAGUUCGUGUCGCGAUCGUUUUAAGAAUGCGGAAUUCUAUGAAGAUGCCUUCACAGUUUCCACAGUUGGUAGAACAAGAAACGGUUCGCAGAAAUGUUUUUGUAACUUGCUAUCGUGAGAUCGAAAUUGUUUUCCAAAUAAUAACACGAUUCCGAUUAUAUUUAAUUGUUAACGUACCGAUACAGGUGAACCGGUGCGAAUGUAGAGGUCACAAGUCGAAUCAAGCUAGACUAGACAGCAGAGCAUGGCUCGGUGCGCCUGCACUGGUCGAAUUAACGCACGUGAAUGUGUAACAUAAUUUUAACGGGAGAUUCCAGUCCAAACAAUUUGUUAGAAGUUACAUUCAAUCGUUCGCCAUUGCACUGCAACUAACGUAAACUACAAACUAUAUCAAAGCCGCUAAAAUACAAACGCCACUCGCGGCGUGUUCUGUGACAUAAACCGAAUUAUACAUGUAGCAUCGCAACAUGAUACAUAAAUUUGAUGUGCAAUAUAAUAUCUGAAUAUUAUUAAUCAAUAUUAGUAACAUGCAAUCGAUAUUCGUCGAUCCGUCUUGUGUAAUAUAUAUAUAUAUGUACACGCGUUAUACAUGCGUCGUUCGGUGUAACUCGAUCCUAUGAAACUAAAGCAAUCGCGUUAGACGAACACAAAAACAUUCGCGUACAUAGAUAAUGCCUAUUGUGUGGAACAGAUUUUAUACGCGCGGUGACUUUUGGUUGAAAGAAUAUAGCUACAACGGUGCAUGUGUGUGUCGUAUCCUGUGAAAAAAAUGAACAUAUGUAACCACAAUCGGUAAUUACCGCCGUUGCGAUUCGUAAUUUGCGUUUUGCAUUUGCAGUUGUAAAUUUUGGAAGACUCCGUCGUGCCUAAAGCUGCAAGAGCUUCACCUACAUGCAGUACGGAUUCAGCAACAGGCGCUACGUGCGAGAGAAGAGAUAGAGGGAGGGGCGAUUCCAACAAAUGAUGUCGGACUUCGGAGUAGAUGUUAAUGUAGUAUGUGUGUGACAACGGGAUUGACAACAUGGAUACGUCUGACCUAGGAGGAGGUGUGUUCGAAUCUUAUUUUCAAUAAUAUCACCGGGACUACGUCGUGUUAUAACAGUUUCGGACGAAGCAGAGACGGAGUGAAGCGUGCACGGGAAAUAUGUCGAUCGCGAGAAUCAGAGAAGGACGACGACGACGAGAUUCGCGAGGAAAUAAGAGAGAGAGAGAGAAAAAGAGAGAGAAAGAGAGAGAGGGAGGGAAAGAAAGAGCAGGGAAAAAGGGAGACGGCCGAAAAACCGUGGAUUUGUCGAAAUGUGCUUUCGCGUUUUCGCCACUUUGUUCACUUUGUCGACGGGAACGCGGCAGUCGCGCUGUGAAGAAACGGAAUGUGCAAGUCCGGUAUAAAUUGUACGCCACCGGCUAUAGAAGACUUUCCACACGACCUGUUUGAUGAGGAGCAGAGACAAGGCGGUGCCGUUGUCGUACACGUCAUCGUGUCGCUUUACUUAUUUAUCGCUUUAGCAGUAGUAUGCGAUAAAUUCUUCGUACCUGCUGUAGAAAAAAUAUGUCACGCACUCUCAAUGUCGAAAGACGUAGCCGGCGCAACGUUUAUGGCGGCGGCGACGUCGGCCCCAGAAUUAUUCGUGAAUGCCAUCGGAACAUUCAUCACGGAAGGUGACAUUGGCGUCGGGACGAUAGUAGGUUCCGCAGUAUUCAACAUCCUGGCUGUUCCAGCCUGCUGCGGUAUCGGUGCGGGAAUGGUGGUGCCUCUAGAUUGGUGGCCCGUUAGUAGAGACUGUCUCGCUUACGGUGUCACGGUUGCCAUUUUAAUAUGCAUUAUACACGACGAACGGGUGGAAUGGUACGAAGCGUUAACGUUGGUGCUCUUGUAUAUUGUUUAUAUCGCCGUGAUGUAUUGGGAUAAAUCGUUCCAGCGGUGUACGAGAUUCCGUACGAACGACGAUCAGAUAUCCUCGGACGGUCGACGAGUUACGACAGAUUCUAGCGAUAUUCACUUACCGAGACCGGACAAAUUACAAUCGCCCGGGGAUCGCGUUGAGCCAAUAGCCACCAUCGAUGUGCCACUGCAAAACGGCGGGACGAAGACGCAGGAGGAAAAUCCGGAUCCUAAUUACGAGUAUGAGCUGUUGGUGUGGCCGGCGCGUGCCGGGUGGUUAAGGAAGACCGCUUGGGUUACAACAUGGCCCAUUCAUCUGAUAUUCAUGUGUACAAUCCCCGAUUGCGAGAAACCCCGAUUCAAGAACUGGUUUCCCGUCACGUUUCUCAUGUGCAUCAUAUGGAUUGGCUCGCUCAGUUACGUGGUAGCGUGGAUGAUCACUAUAAUUGGCGACACACUCAAGAUUCCGGAUUCCGUAAUGGGUAUAACUUUCCUCGCGGCGGGAACCAGCGUGCCCGAGGCCGUGUCGAGCGUGAUUGUCGCGAAGCAAGGACACGGUUCGAUGGGCAUCAGUAAUUCGAUAGGAUCGAACACGUUCGACAUAUUGCUGUGCCUCGGAUUACCGUGGCUGAUCAAGUCGUCCUUUUCGCCCACGCAGCCCGGGAGGCACUACAUCAGUAUAAAUUCCGGCGGGCUGGAAUACAGCGCGAUAUCGUUACUGUCGACGCUGAUGCUGCUGUACAUCGCGUUCGCCUCCAACAAGUUCCAGCUCGAUAGGAAAGUAGGCCGUGCCUGCCUGUGCAUGUACGCCGUGUUCCUCAUACUGGCGUCGCUGAUCGAGCUCAACGUAUUCUUCAUGGUAAAUCUACCCACCUGCCAAAGGACGGUGAAAUGAUCGAGAACUCGGACACGAUAGCCCGCCGCAAUGAUGUAACGGCGCGGGUAUCCCAACUCGCAAUCCGCGCCGGAAACGUUCCUCCCCGAACUCACGAGGGAACCCCGCACGCGAGCGAAGGGUGUUUAUUUCAGCUACACAGGACACUACCGUGUGUACAGUUUUAAUAUCACAAUGUUAUCACGUUAGAACCUGAGAGUAACGCAUUUUGUAUUUACUUACUGCUCCGGAAAUCCAAAAGCGUCUUCGCCCCCUUCCCCCCAUUCCACCCGCUCUCUUAUUUUGAUCUGUUCUUCACUCUCUUAUCUUUAUCUGGAUAGUAAUCUCAUUGACUAUUGCUAUCGCUUCGUUCUUUACGAUACUCCAUCGUACUAUCCGAGUACGUUCUGAUGUCCGGACCUGACGUGAUCGUGACGAUCGAACGAAUUCCGUUUCUUUUUACUACGCUCGCAUUCUUCCCUUUUCGAGCUCGUGCUCGAGAGAGAGAGUCCACAACAUCUUUGAAUAUUAUUAUACAUUUCGCUCGUCAUACGUCUGACCCAUACUUUCCACACUCUUCCAUCGUGUUUCCCUCAGUUUUUAUUCAUAUCGGUUCUAUUUUGUCUUUCGUCUCUUUUUCUCUUCCUUCUCUUUCUCUCUCUCUCUCUCUCUCUCUCUCUCUCUCUCUCUCUCUCUUUUCUCUUCUUCUUCUCCUUUCCUCCGUUUGUCCAUGCUUGUCCCUUUCUUAAGGUACGAUCAUUGUGCUUACGGCCGCGUUGCGUGCGCCGAAGGAUCAACAACUUACGAUUAGCCACAGUAACGAGCCACGGAUCUCAUGCUAUUCCGAUCGGAAAUUCGCCCCAAGGGAAUCUCUAUAGACGCGUGCGUCCAAGUAGUACGGCUCGUCCGAACGGUUUUGGGACUAAUGAAACGAGCGAGAAGGCGGGAGGGAUCGAGGAAGCGCGCGCGCUCUGCGACUGUGUCUAAUUGUACGAAAGCGCGAAAAAGACUGCCGCUUACAUGCCGUUCCGUUAGCAUAUCGCAGACCUCGGCCAGUGUGUAACCGCGAGAAUGUGUCCACGCGAGUGUACGUCAUCGAUUGUAAUCCGCGAGGCGGCUAUCGUCCGCGUUCAACUCGCGGAGCCGAGCCGCCGAUCGACGAAUCCGUCGAAGCGUCGCGUCAUCCUCUCGACAGCGCACGGCAAGCUCUUCCGUGGAACGGAAUAAAACGCCGUUAAUGAGCGGCCGCACGGGCUCGGGCGAACAUUCGUCGACGAAUUCACCCGGCUCGUGUAUCCGCGCCGGAAGCCGCGGCCGAGGGAACAGCGGAAGCUCCCGUUCCCAUCCUCACGUCGCGUUCUCUCCUGAACGCCGCCGUCGAUGUUAAUAUACGAAAACGCAACACAGAGCCGCCGCCGUAGCGUCGAGCAAACGAAAACCGUCGAGCGCGCGAUACUUCUCCGCGACAUACCUUCACAUUGCGACACACACACACACACACACACACACCAAAUCUGUGACUGUAAAAAUGUGUCUAGAUAAAACCGUAACUUAACAUUUAAAAAUAAAGUACUGUAAUAAGUUAUUAAAACAAUACAGCCAGACUAUAAAGAUACAAAUACACCUGUCCAGUCUCCGCGAGUGUACAAACUGCGGCCGCGCAGCGUAUCCCAAAAGUCGCGAUUUCGGUGGUGCUUUUCGUCGAUACUUUUCGCGAGGUGAAGGCGUUCAUUGAAUUUUACGCUGGAAUUGUCGUCGAGUUACGUUGUUUCGCGGGAAUCGAUCGCGCGUGAUCAAGAGUGACCAUGUCGUGAAACUCGAUUGUUGAGAUCGUUUGUGUCUAAAAUAUGAAAAAGAGUAAUGAUAUUUCAUCGGACUGUUAUUAUUGCAGAGGUAUCGAUUCGCAUGAUUUCUGAGAUACGCUGUGUAUUGUUACGACACGAAGCGCUCGAUUGAAUAAUGGAAGGACAUUUCCAUCGAUUGUAUUUAUAAACUAGUAUUUAUAUUUCAUCGGAAAUUAUAUCUUGCGUUUAUAUGAACAACAUGUCGGUUUUGUUUCCCGUGCACGCACGUACAUAUAUUCGACACUUUACGACAUGCUCCAGAGACUUGCAUUUACGUAGAGAAUCGAAGCCGUAGAAGGGGAGCCGGUCUAUAUUUCACAUCAGUGCCAGCGCUAUCUUUAAAACACACCGGCAUUAUUCAGUGUCCCCGGAACCGAGACUUUUUCAAAAAUACAAUAGAAACAUUUUGUUAUAUAAAUAGCGAUUCCGUAGAAAAGGGAAAAGGGGCAGAGCUCUACUUUUACAGUGAGCUCUCUGCACGCAAACUGAAUUUGAAAACUCUGAAUAAAUGUUAAAGAAUGUUCCGGUCGAUUCAAA